UUAUUAACUGGACUGUUAUUCUGUGUCCUGUCUCUAGAGUUGGCGGUGUGGGAGAUUCCAAGGGGAAAAUGUGGUUCUACCAGCCACCAAAUGUCAACUCCUGGAGCAGCAGGGAAACCUGUAAGAUGUCUCCCUUUUGAAACGGAUGUCUUUUUUUCAACAAUGAUGAUUUUGAUGGAUAUUCUUUAGGCACGCAGUGACAGGAUCAGUGUACUGCGACUCACUAACAGCACGAUCGUCUCGGCGUCCCAUGACAGAACUGUCAAAAUGUGGGACAAACACCAAGAAACAGGUGGGUGUGUUUGCGUGUGUGGGUCCUGUUCUAGUCUUGAAGGUCAACCCGCACUGCUCCAGUGAACUGGUGUGUGGCGAUGAACUGGGCCAGAUCUACUUCCUCUCCUGGUGAGAAUAACCGGCUCAGUGUACACAGUCAUUGUAUAUGUAACGGAUGUGAAAUGGCUAGCUAGUUAGCGGGUACGCGCUAAUAGCAUUUCAAUCGGUUACGUCACUUGCUCUGAGACCUGAAGUAGGGUUUCCCCUUGCUCUGCAAGGGCCGCGGCCUUUGUGACGCGAUGGGUAACGAUGCUUCGUGGGCGACUGUUGUUGAUGUGUGCAGAGGGUCCCUGGUUCGCGCCCGUGUCGGGACGAGGGGACGGUUUAAAGUUAUACUGUUACAUAUACACAUGCAUGCAAUCAUAAUUAACGUACUCUCCCACAGAUACAGUAUAUUAGUACUACUGUACGUUCAUGUAUAUUAUGUCAUGUAGCUCAAUCAACACUACUCAAUAUCUUCUACACACUAUCUGAUAUGGAUAAACGUUAUAUAAUACCUCUACUUAUGUAGCUUUGUCAGUGGAUAUAGGAGGACUGGCGCAUUGUAAUGGCUGGAUGGAAUAAAUGGAAUGGUGUCAAACAUAUGGUAACCACAUGUUUGACUCAGUUCCAUGUAUUGCAUUCCAGCCAUUACAAUGAGCCCGUCCUCCUAUAGCUCCUCCCACCAGCCUCCACUGGCCUAUGUAUGUGCCUUAAAAACCCUAAGUGAAGAACCUCAAUGUAAAUCAGGUAUAAUGCAUGUAGCCUAGUAUGCAAGUUACUAGAAAUAUUUAUAGUCUUUGUUCUCAUGUCAAACACAUAAUAAAUACUAUACCACAUUUUCAGAAUGGUUUAUUAGGUUGUGUUGAUGAGAAUGGAGAUAACAAUAUUAAUGACAACAUUUGAUCAUAUAUAAACCAUGAGUUUUUAAGAAUGGUUUAAUUUACGUUUUACUAAAGUGCUUCAUGCCUUUUAUGGAUUGAUAACCAUGUGAGCCACUCCAUUGCAAUGCACUCUCAUGCAUUGCAAUGGAGAAUACGUUUAAAAACGUCGUUUUUUCUGCCAAUAGAUAUGGCUAGCCUACAUGCAGACUACAGUACAUACUAUUUCUACCAUUCUUGAAGGGCUGUUGCAUUCUGUCUCUACGGUAAUAAAUACUUGCGUCACGAGUUGAACGGAAGUGCGACUGCAGUUGCGCACGCAUCUCCCACUUGAAAUUUGUUACCAUUUAUCAAUAUCUACGGAUUGUUUCAUGCACGUUAGUUGGGAGAUUGUAGACUUUUUGUUUCACACAGAGAAUACAAAUCUGACAAGAUGGCAAGCUGCAAUUUUCAGGCGCAGUUGGUAUCCAUUAUGGAGGUAUUAGCUAAAGCAGCUGUAGCAGAAAUAAACAAACGGGUUGAUGAUAGCUGUGCAGUUAUACGUUUGGAAAUGACCCAAAGCCAGCGAGAUAUUGAUGGACUGAAAAGGAAGUGUCAAAUGAUGGAGGGCGAGCUGAAGAAGACACGAGUCAGGAGAAAAGAGAGAUCUUCAUAUCCAGUCAAGAUUGUUUUGAAAAAGCAGAGGAGUAACUCCCAGUGGAGCGACGAAGAGAUUGCUGUUGAAGAGGACUCUCAACCCCAGCCUACAGAUGUGGAGCAGAGAGCAGAGACUGAACCCAUACUGAUCAAAGAUGAGGAGACAGCAGAGGAUGUGUGGAAGACUGACCCUCAGGAAGAGCUCAGGAUCACUGGAGCAGAGUCUGGUUCCAAGGCUGGACAACCACCAUCCUUUGAGCAACGGCGCUGUGACGAGGACUUCAUCACACAACCCAACAUAUCUCCUGAAGACUCCGUGGAACAUUACCCCAAUUCUGAUGGUCCAGAGGAACCAGGCAUUCCCCGGCCUGCAUCUACAGACGUGUUCAGCACAGAGCAGCACGGGUCAGAUGAGGACUCACUAGAGCUAGUGAUGGUGAAGGAUGAGAAAAAGGAGGAGCUGGAUCAGACCACAGCCCUGGCAGGACUUGACCAGUUUGUCAUGGAUGAGACUGAUGGGCAGCUGUGGACCUCUGUGGAUCCAGGCAGACACACUGAUGGCCACCCAGAUUUCUCCUUUCAUGCCACAGAGGAGUACUCUCAGAAUAUUUCCAUUUUCCCAUCUCAUAGUGGGCUGCCAUCUGUUCCUACUAUGACAGAUGAUGUAUGGCCAUCGCUUCCCUCUUCUAUAGGGAAACCACAUGCUGACAUGCUCAGUGCAGCAGCACACAUGAAAAGACAUGUCAGGACAUUGGCUGAUGAGACUAGACAACAGAUGCCAGAAGGACAGAGCAGUGAGAUGCUGAACUCAAAUAAUGAUGGAAAUAGUUUAGCUCUACAGCCAAGGCAGCAUCAGCACAGGGCUUCAGAAGCAACAGUGAGAAUGAGUGAGUGCAUGACAGGGUCAAACAUGGCCACCACCUCCACCUUCUCUGGAUACAGCCUGAGUCGCAGUAGUUUUAACAUGGUGAAGAGAAUGAGGACUCAGUGGAGGUCGGGCGGCACCACUGAGAGGCGUUUCAGCUGCACCUUCUGUGGGAAGAGCUUCCAGCGUUUCAGCCAGCUCAAAGUACACCUCCGGAGUCACACCGGAGAGAAACCGUACACCUGCGAACAGUGUGGCAGGAGUUUCACCAAGCAGUGCAACCUGAUCAGACAUGCUGUGGUCCACAGUGGGGAGAAGCCCUACAAGUGCACACAGUGUGGGAAAUGCUUCACCCAGCGCUCCAGUAUGAAGUCACAUCAGAGAACUCACAUAGGAGAGAGUCCAGUGUCUCAAAAUGUGGUACCUGCAUACCCUGGGGAUCCACACACAAGUUUAAUGUUGUCUCAGACGAAAUGGAACAAAUAGAGCAUAAUUGUAUCGUUUUUCGGUAACAUUUUCUAUGUGAUAAUGUGGGCAGAAGUUAUUUUGAGACAUUUUGACAAGCUUUUCCUCCCAAUUGAUUUGUGAACUGGUUUUCAUGUUUGACUGUUGACGGCUCGUCACUUUCAUUUUAACAAACAAUUGAUUUACUACUGGUAACAUCAAUCAUAAAAACCAUUCAAAUAUAUCAUAAACAUGUUAUAUGGAAUGUAUUUAAAGACAGUCAAUCUGCUCUUUUAGAUAAAUAACAUACUGUAUAUAGGAGCCAUUUUCGUAUGUGUUGUCUUGUUAGUGUUUGUCUAUCCGGGAUGUAAUUUCUUGCCACAUGGGACAGUCUCAUAUCAAGUCAGGUUAAUACCUUAACCUGAUUUCCUGAGUUAUUGUUUUAAGUUACUCUGCUGCCUUAAAAUCUUACGUUAUAUCAACUCAGCUAGGCAAUCAAAUAUGUUUCAGUGUAAUAGCUUAUGUCUUACAUGUACAGUACUAGUCAAUAUUUUGGACACCUGCUCAUUUCAAGGGUUUUUAUUUACUUUUACUACAUUGUAGAAUAAUAGUGAAGACAUCAAAUCUAUGAAAUUACACAUAUGAGAUCAUGCAGUAACCAAAACAGUGUUGAAUCCAAAUAUAUUUUGCCUUGACAGCUUUGCACACUCUUGGCAUUCUCUCAACCAGCUUCACCUGGAAUGCUUUUCCAACAGUCUUGAAGGAGUUCCCACAUGCAGAGCACUUGUUCGCUGCUUUUCCUUCACUCUGCGGUCCAACUCAUCACUAACCAUCUCUAUUGGGUUGAGGUUGGGUGGUUGUGGAGGCCAGGUCAUCUGAUGCAGCACGCCAUCACUCUCCUUCUGGGUAAAGUAGCCCUUACACAGCCUGGAGGUGAGUUUUGGGUCAAUGUCCUGUUGAAAAACAAAUGAUAGUUCCACUAAGCGCAAAAUAUGGGAUGGCGUAUCGCUGCAGAAUGUUGUGGUAGCCAUGCUGGUUAAGUGUUCCUUGAAUUCUAAAUAAAUCACCGACAGUGACACCAGCAAAGCAACAUCUCACCUCCCCCAUGCUUCAUUCAUGGUGGGAACCACACAUGUGGAGAUCAUCCGUUCACCUACUCUGCCUCUCACAAAGACACGGCGGUUGGAACCAAAAAUCUCAAAUUUGGACUCAUCAGACCAAAGGACAGAUUUCCACCGGUCUAAUGUUCAUUGCUCGUGUUUCUUGGCCCAAGCAAGACUUCUUAUUGGUGUCCUUUAGUAGUGGUUUCUUUGCAGCAAUUCGACCAUGAAGGCCUGACUCACGCAGUCUCCUCUGAACAGUUGAUGUUGAGAUGUGUCUGUUACUUGAACUCUGAAGCAUUUAUUUGGGCUGCAAUUUCUGAGGCUGGUAACUAAUGAACUUAUCCUCUGCAUCAGAGGUAACUCUGGGUCUUCCUUUCUUCCUUUGUGGUGGUCCUCAUGAGAGCUAGUUUCAUCAUAGCGCUUGAUGGAUUUUGUAACUGCACUUGAAGAAACUUUCAAAGUUCUUAAUUUUCCGUAUUCACUGACCUUCAUGUCUUUAAAGUAAUGAUUGACUGUCAUUUCUCUUUGCUUAUUUGAGCAAAGAGAAAUGGACUUGGUCUUUUACCAAAUAGGGCUGUCUUCUGUAUACCACCCAUACCUUGUCACAACACAACUGAUUGUCUCAAACGCAUUAAGAAGGAAAGCAAUUCCACAAAUUAACUUUUAAACAAGGCACACCUGUUAAUUGAAAAGCAUUUCAGGUGACUACCUCAUGAAGCUGGUUGAGAGAAUGUCCAAAGCUGUCAUCUAGGGAAAGGGUGGCUACUUUGAAGAAUCUAAAAUAUAUAUUUUGGUUACUACAGGAUUCCAUAUGUGUUAUUUCAUAGAUUUGAUGUCUUCACUAUUAUUCUACAAUAUAACAACCCUUGAAUGAGUAGGUGUGUCCACACUUUUGACUGGUACUGUAUGUUCAUAGAACUUUACAUUUGACAUUUGGGCAACUACACUUUUCCUGUGUAAUCUGUCUAAACUGACACUACACUGGAACUGUAUAAAACUGGUCAUCUGAAUCAAAGAUCAUUAGAUACUGUAGAUAAGAAAUGGAUUGAUAUGAUUAGUAGUUUGAAUAAUGUACUGGUUCAUUGAUUUGCCAAUAAACAGAGGAGGAGAUAAUAGGGGAGAUGUACAGAGUUAUACAUACGCCAGUUCCAAUCCUGGAUGCUGAUUGGUUAAAACCGCUUUCCAGCCGGUAUCUAUUUAAGUGAUAAUGCCCAAGAAGCCAGUGUUUGAAACCGUGCCAAUAUAUCCUCCAACACAGGCUUCUCUGGCAUUAUCACUUUAAUACAACAAGUUAGCAACAUAUUCAAAUAAUGAUUGACAUUUUUUAAUUAAAUGUUAUUUUGAUUAAUUUAUUCAUACUAUUUCAUCCUUCCACAAGAUAUAGUCCCGACACAAAUCUAGGGAUGCUACCCAAGCAAGCUGGUCGUUCGUUCUAUUGGUUUGGUUACCAGAGACUCGACCCAGUUGUUCAGUCUUUUUGUUCUGUGUCUAUAGACAGUCAUUGUAAAUGUUCCAUUGCCAUACUGGCUGGGAAAAUUCUUAUCCCUUGCUUGUCAUCUAUUGAUAGUUCUUUGAAUAUAUCCUUAAAAAGGAUGCUGAUUCAUGAUUUCGACUGGGUUGCGCAGUCAGAUGGAACAGAGUAAAUAGGCAUUUUAACGUCAUAGAUUUAGCCGGUGGUAACUUGUGGAAUAGACACAGGCUGGAAUGCGGUUUUAACCAAUCGGCAUUUAGGAUUAGACACACCCAUUGUAUAAUUCACAAAUUACCCACCGACUACGACGUUGAAAUGCCUAUUUACUGUUCCAUCUCACUGCAAUACACUGUCUCAUCCGCACAACCAGGCAAUUUAUAAACUUGAUCCUCACUGUAAAAAUUUUAGCAAUCAUUUUUCUCCCUUUUUCUUUUAGACUAGCAUUUGGUUUUCAAUGGCGGAGAUUUGUAUAAACCUUGCUGUCCAUCUCUCUGACCUUUGCAACAUUGAGCGAUUUUGUUUAAUUAAAACAAUGUCCUAUUAAGGAUUAACGCGUCAGGACGAGAUAUGGCGCUUUCACGACAACUGGGUCAAAUCAUGACUUCGGUGGUCUUUGUUGGAAAGUCAGCGCUCUAGAAAGAUGCCUAUAAUUCCGAGUUGGAUGACCGUUCAACAAGAAAAAAAAACAGUCGAAGCUCGUUUUUUCCAGAGUUCCCAGUUGUUCUGAACGUGGCAAUAUAUUUCUCAGACAAUCGGCAUCAUUUUUAAGGAUUAUAUACAAAGAAAUAGAUAAUAGAUCAAUAGAUAAACAGGUCAAACGAAAUGCAUCUAGUUUGCUGUCUUUCCAGCUUCCGUUUAAGUGAUUGUGUUAGCUGUAUAGUUGGCUAGCUCCUCUGAGCAGUGUCCCAACGAGAGAACGCAUUUUCAAUGCCAGGUGAAAUUGCACAUCAUUAGCACAUUGGCUGUAUCCAUAGACAUUAAAAACGGAUUUAUCAUGUAUCCAUAUAAAUGUAUGGUAAGUGAUUCAGACCUAUGAAAGUAUUCACCCCCCUUGGCAUUUUUACUAUUUUGUUGCCUUACAACCUGGAAUUAAAAUAGAUUUUUGGGGGGUUUGUAUCAUUUCAUUUACAAAAUAUGCAUACCACUUUGAAGAUGCAAAAUAUUUUUUAUUGUAAAGCAAACAAGAAAUAAGACAAAAAAACAGAACUUGAGCAUGCAUAACUAUUCACCCCCUAAAGUAAAUACUUUGUCGAGCCACCCUUUGCAGCAAUUACAGCUGCAAGUCUCUUGGGGUAUGUCUCUAUAAAUUUGGCACAUCUAGCCACUGGGAUUUUUGCCCAUUCUUCAAGGCAAAACUGCUCCAGCUCCUUCAAGUUGGAUGGGUUCUGCUGGUGUACAGCAAUCUUUAAAUCAUACCCUAGAUUCUCAAUUGAAUUGAGGUCUGGGCUUUGACUAGGCCAUUCCAAGACAUUUCAAUGUUUCCCCUUAAACCACACGAGUGUUGCUUUAGCAGAAUGCUUAGUGUCAUUGUCCCGCUGGAAGGUGAACCUCCGUCCCAGUCUCAAAUCUCUGGAAGACUGAAACAGGUUUCCCUCAAUUUCCCUGUAUUUAGCACCAUCCAUAAUUUCUUCAAUUCUGACCAGUUUCCCAGUCCCUGCCGGUGGAAAAACAUUCCCCCUCCAUGAUGCUGCCACCACCAUGCUUCACUGUGGGGAUGGUGUUCUUGGGGUGAUGAGCGGUGUUGGGUUUGUGCCAGGCAUAGCAUUCCCUUGAUGGCCAAAAAGCUACAUUUUUGUCUCAUCUGACCAGAGUACCUUCUUCCAUAUUUUUGGGGAGUCUCCCACAUGCCUUUUGGUGAACACCAAACAUGUUUGCUUGUUUUUUUCUUUAUGCAAUGGCUUUUUUUCUGCCCACUCUUCUGUAAAGCCCAGCUCUGUGGAGUGUACAGCUUAAAGUGGUCCACUGGACAGAUACUCCAAUCUCUGCUGUGGAGAUUUGCAGCUCCUUCAGGAUUAUCUUUGGUCUCUUUGAUGCCCCUCUGAUCAAUGCCCUCCUUGCCUGGUCUGUGAGUUUUGGUGUGCAGCCCUCUCUUGGCAGGUUUGUUGUGAUGCCAUAUUCUUUCCAUUUAAUUUUUUUUAUUUAAUGGUGCUCCGUGCUCUAAAUGACUUAUGCAGGUAAUUCCAAAGGGUUCACAUACUUUUUCUUGCCACUGUACUCUGCGACUUGAUUGAGGGGUCAAACAUUGUUCUUCAGCCAUUCUUUCUUCUGCAUGGCCCUCUCAGCAGAGACUUCUGACUGAGCAAGGCAAAAUGUUUUCAAUGUAAUAAUAAUAAUAAAUUUAUGUGAUUUACAGCAACAACAAAAAAUCGAAUUUUUAAAAGCAAAUUACAAUAAUACAGAGACAUGACAACACACGUUACAAAGGUACAUAGGCAAAGCAGAAAAUAAAGCAUUUAAAGCAAUUCUAUAGAAGUGCGUUUUCAGGAGUCACUGAUUCUGUAAGCCUUAUCUCCUCUGGCAUGCCAUUACAAAGUCUAGGGGCCCUAAGCCUCCUUUAGUUUUUAACCUAGACUUUGGAAUGGUCAUCAGUGCUUUGUCUGAGGAUCUAAGGCUGCGCUUUGGGUCACAGAGAAAAAGAAGUUCUGAGAUACUUUUGGUGGUGUAUGUGGACACCUGCUCGUCGAACAUCUCAUUCCAAAAUCAUGGGCAUUAAUAUGGAGUUGGUCCCCCCUUUGCUGAUAUAACAGCCUCCACUCUUCCGGGAAGAUGUUGGAGCGUUGCUGCGGGGACUUGCUUCCAUUCAGCCUUAAGAGCAUUAGUGAGGUCGGGCAAUGAUAAUGGGUGAUUAGGCCUGGCUCGCAGUUGGCGUUCUAAUUCAUCCCAAAGGUGUUCAAUGGUGUUCAGGUUACAUUAGAGUCUCUAGUUUGAGAAACAGACGCCUCACAAGUCCUCAACUGGCAGCUUCAUUAAAUAAUAUCCUAUGGUGUAAAAUUGCAAGAUUAUGUUAUAAUGCUAUUAUUGCAUCAAAUGGUUGUUUUAUUCAACAGAAUAAAGGGUUGUUAGAACGCUCAUCUGUGUUUGUUCUAAUGAGGAUGGGCCUCUGUGAGAACACUGACAGGAGAUUCAUGCUGUCUUUUGGGUGAUAAAACCUAAAGAGGUCACCUUCCAGAUCAUGAGUUAAUGUUUCUGUUCUAUAUAGUACCAGGGAGAGAUGACCCCAGGGCCAGACCCUGGUCUGUACAAUGAAAGAUAACUGUUGACACAGCAGAUACUGUCUGCUGUGAUUUAUAAGUAUCUUUCAUACAAAUCUUAACCUUGUGACCCAUCCUAUACAUCUGUUCGUCAUAUAGGUUGAAAGGGGUGAAUCUUGGCUAUAAAAUACCUUUGUACUUUUGUCUCUGGGGUCUCAACGAAUCAUCUGCGCGUGAUUUGUCGACCAGCCAUCAUUAUCAUAGAGCACUCAAUCGAUUCACUUUAUAUGUGUGCAUUGUAUUCUGCUCCCUUAAUAGUGAUUAAAGAUUUAGUUUAUUAAGUAUAA